CUUAAGUCUUUUCUUCAAUUGUUCUUUGCAUAUCGUUUCUGGUACGUAUGCUCAAACUAGUAAACUUCAAAUUUCAGAUCUCUCAAUUUCUGUAAAAUGGGUCUCCCUUUCUCGACGCCCUCCUUUGAUCCGUGCGUAAAUGAAGUCUCUGAAUGGCUAGAGACGAGUGUAAGAUACAUUCUAAAUCUCGAGAAGAAUCUUGUGGAUCUAGAGAGAACCAUGGAGGACCUCAAGGCUAAGCGGGAUGAUAUGUCAAGACGGCUCACAAUUGAGGAGGGUAGAGGUCUACAAAGGCUUGCCGAAUUCGAGGUAUGGCUUAAUAGAGUUGUCAUUGUCGAAAAAGAAGUCAGUGAUAUUCUUUAUGAUAGAGAUGUUCAACUUCAAAGGAUGUGUCUUUUUGGGUUUUGCUCUAUGAGUUUACUGUCAAGCCACCGUUACGGGAAAAGUGUUUUCUUAACGUUGGGAAAAGUUGAGGAACUGAAAAAUAAAGAGUUUGACGUGAUCGCUGCGCAAGCUCAAACGCCUGCGGUGGAGGAACAACCUCUUGAACCGAUAAUUGUUGGUCAAGAAACAAUGCUCGACAAGGCAUGGAAACAUCUCAUGGAAGAUAGAGUUGCUGUUAUGGGUAUGUACGGUAUGGGUGGUGUAGGGAAGACAACUCUUCUCAAACAGAUCAACAAUAAACUCAGUAACGAUAUACGGGGAUUUGACUACGUUAUUUGGGUUGUGGUGUCUAAAGACUCACAGAUGGAGAAGAUUCAAGAGGAAAUCGCUAAGAAUGUUGGUCUUAAUGGAGAGGAAUGGAAACAAAUGGAUAAAAGUGAAAAGACUAAUCGUUUAUUCAAUUUCUUAAGGAAAAAGAGUUUUGUGUUGUUUUUAGAUGACAUAUGGGAGAAGGUGGAUUUAGCUGAGAUCGGAGUUCCGGAUCCAAGAACACAGAAAGGAUGUAAAUUGGCAUUUACCACUCGUUCACAGGAUGUAUGUGCUCGGAUGGGGGUUGGAAAACCAAUGGAAGUCCAAUGCUUGGCAGACAAUGAAGCAUUUGAUUUGUUCCAGAAGAAGGUUGGGCAAACAACACUUGGAAGCGAUCCGGGAAUCCCCGAACUUGCAAGAGAAGUUGCUAAAAAAUGUUGUGGCUUACCAUUGGCUCUCAAAAUCAUAGGCGAGACCAUGUCAUCCAAGACGAAGGUACAAGAAUGGCGUCAUGCGAUACAUGUUUUGAAUUCAUACGCUGCAGAGUUUUUUGGCAUGGACGAUAAGAUCCUUCCGCUUUUGAAGUAUAGCUAUGAUAGUCUUAAGGGGGAGCAGGUAAAGUCGUGUUUGCUGUAUUGUGCUUUAUAUCCAGAAGAUGAUGAAAUUGUGAAAGAUGAAUUGAUAGAGCAAUUGAUAUGCGAGAAUAUCAUAGAUGGAAGUGAAGGUAUAGAGAGGGCCGAGGACAAGGGUUAUGAGAUUAUUGGUAGUCUUGCCCGCGCAUCAUUGUUGAUGGAGUGGGAUGAUCACCUUGGACGAGGUGUUGUGCGUAUGCAUGACGUUGUUCGUGAAAUGGCCCUAUGGAUUGCUUCUGAAUUGGGAACACAAAAAGAGUCCUUCAUUGUGCGUGCACGUGUUGGGUUACGUGAGAUUCCAAAGGUGAAGAAUUGGAACGUUGUGCGAAGGAUGUCGUUAAUGGAGAAUAAUAUUGUUCAUCUCGUUGGGAGUCCUGAAUGUAUGGAACUCACAACUUUCCUCAUGGGAGUGGGAGGAUAUGGACGUUUGUCGUUUACAUUGAAAGAUAUCUCGAGUGAAUUCUUCAAUUACAUGCCAAAGUUAGUUGUUUUGGAUUUAUCGGGUAAUCGCAGUCUCUCUGAAUUGCCGGAAGGAAUAUCAAAUCUAGUUUCCUUGCGUUAUCUCAACUUGAGUUCAACUAGGAUACGCUGUUUGCCAAAGAAGAAGGUACUACAAGAGUUGAAAAAACUAAUUCACUUGGAUUUGGAGUAUACAGAGAAGCUUGAAAGUAUUGCUGGGAUAUCAAGUCUGUAUAAUCUGAAAGUUUUGAAAUUACGUGAAUCUGGAUUGCCAUGGGAUCUCGACACAGUGAAGGAGUUGGAAACUUUGGAACAUUUAAAGAUUUUAAAUGCAACUUUCAAUGUUUCUCCAACUCUGGAGCAAUUUUUUAGCUCUCUUAGGCUGAUGAGUCGUACACGAUUUCUACAGAUCUUUCCCGAAAUUUUAUCAUCACCAAAUAGACAUCUUGAAUCAACUGGAAUAUCACUUUUAGGAUCUAUGGACAAGCUUCGGGAAUUCAGAGUUGAGUUUUGUCGUAUCUCUGAGAUAAAGAUCGGAAGGAUAUCUAACUUCUUGAGCCUCGUCAAAGUUUUUAUAAUAGGUUGUGAAAGCUUGAGGGAAUUGACGUUUCUAAUGUUCGCUCCAAAUCUUAGAAAUCUUAGUAUUCGUCUUUCAAACGACCUAGAAGAUAUAAUAAACAAAGAGAAAGCUUGUGAAGUUGAAGAAUCAGGGAAUGUUCCUUUCCAAAAGCUGCAUGUUCUUCAAUUGGGAAAUCUACCAAAGCUGAAGAAUAUAUAUUGGACUCCUCUACCCUUUCCAUGUCUAGAAAAUAUCAUAGUAUGGGGAUGUCCAAAUCUGAAAAAGCUUCCACUCGAUUCCAAAAGUGGCAAGCAGGGUGAAAAUGGAUGCAUCAUACGUUACAAAUCUCCAGGAUGGAUUGAAGGUGUGGAAUGGGAAGACGAAGCUACAAAACUCCGAUUCUUAUCUUCUUCAUGCUUAGAAAAGGGCCGGCCCACCCAUAAAGCAGGCAAAGCACGCCACACCAUAUUAAAAAUAUUUUAGGGACAUAUGUUGAUGAGAUUAGACAGGUCAGUUGGCUUUGUAUCCUGCAAUUAUGUGGUAAGACUUGUGUUCGAGCCUUCACUUCGCUGGCUUUUAUACAAGAACAUCCAUCAUUGCUGCUUGUACGCUUUUGUUUUUUCAAUUACUUCUUCUCCUUGAUCUUUAUUUUAUUAUAAAAAUAUUAUUAACUAUUUUGGAUUAGUAAUAAUGUAUAUCAAGAGAGAUAUCGUCUAAGAACUCGACUAUGAAUCCUAAUCAAUGAAGUUGCUGUGAUAAAAGUUAGAAAAAUUAAUUUUUAGAUUGUUUUACA